AUGGAGACUGUGCUGCUGGAGCACUUCCCCGGGGGGCUGGACUCCUUCUCCUCUCCCCCCUACUUCGACGAGGAGGACUUUUUCUCCGAGCCGCCUCCGCGGGACGUGCUGGCAGCGGACGGGCUGCUGGAGCCGGACGUGGAUUUCCUCAGCCGGCAGCUGCAGGAGUAUUACCGCGACGGCGGCGACCCCGAGGGAGGCUACCGCUGCCCGGCGCCGGCCGCCGCCUUCCCGCCGUCUCCCGCCUCGCCCGGCUUCUCCUACGAAUGCUGCGGAGCGGCGGGCGCGGCCUUACUGUCCCCCGGGGGGCGGCUCCAGGCGCUGGGCUCGGCCAAGCGGCGGCGGCGGGUGCGCUCCGAGGCGGAGCUGCAGCAGCUCCGUCAGGCCGCCAACGUGCGGGAGCGGCGGCGGAUGCAGUCCAUCAACGACGCCUUCGAGGGGCUGCGCUCUCACAUCCCCACUCUGCCCUACGAGAAGCGCCUCUCCAAGGUGGACACGCUGCGCCUGGCCAUCGGCUACAUCAACUUCCUCAGCGAGCUGGUGCAGUCCGACCUGCCGCUGCGCAGCGCCAGCAGCGAGAGCCCCAGCCAGCCCAAGAAAAUCAUCAUCUGCCACCGCGGCACAAGAUCUCCCUCUCCGAGCGACCCCGACUACGGACUCCCCCCUCUGGCCGGUCACUCGCUGUCGUGGACUGAUGAAAAGCAGCUCAAGGAACAAAACAUCAUCCGGACAGCCAAAGUGUGGACCCCCGAGGACCCGCGGAAGGUGAACAACAAACCCUCCGUCAACGACAUAGAGAACGAGCCCCCCUUCGACUACGUGGCGUGA